CAAAUAAUUCUUUAUAAUGGAAAAGCUUUUGCUUUAACAUCACCUUGCGAUACAAGAUGGCUUACAGGAUAUGUUGUUUCAUCUACAUCCAUAAAAUCUAAUUCUUCUUCAAAUUAUUCAUCUCUUAAAAGUGAUAACUA